GCGCGUUCUCGGGAAUGAAGUGUGCUCAAGGUGCUUUUGUGUUGUUAAUUUCGCUUGAGUGUGCUUACUCGGAUGGCGCAAUUUUCGAAAGACGCGGUAUGGUAUCGUUCGCCCGCCGUAUAGUUCAGUCGCGUUGGUGGCUGCAUGCGAUUUGACGUAUUCCAAUCUGCGCGUAGUGAUGUCACUUGUGCUCUUAUUUAAUGGAAUCUCAGGCGUUCUUCGCGUAAUGUGCGAGUGAAUUGUAAACAUUGACAGUGAUAUUGUAACCAAUGCAGUGAUUUUUUCCAAAAGUGUAAUGGACUGUUACUAUUCGAAAUUUUUCCCAAGGCGUAAGUGACAAAUGGGAUCGUAUCUGCGGUGAUUGGGUACAAUCAUGAUGCAUCCUGCUGGAUACUACGCUAAUCUAGCGAGCGGCGCGCUCGCAGCCGGCACCAUUGCGUCUCCGUGGAGCACGGCGGCCGGCGCGCCCGACACCAACGGAUCGGGCGGCGCCGAUGCCAAGCACCUCGACGUUGGCGACGCGAGCGACGAUGAAAAGGACUUGUCAGCAGCUGAUGCGGAGGGUGUAUGGAGUCCCGACAUCGAACAAAGUUUUCAAGAGGCACUCGCCAUUUACCCCCCAUGUGGAAGACGGAAGAUUAUUCUCUCGGAUGAGGGCAAGAUGUACGGACGAAAUGAGCUGAUAGCGAGAUAUAUAAAAUUAAGAACAGGAAAAACACGCACAAGAAAGCAGGUGUCAUCACAUAUACAGGUGCUAGCUAGGCGGAAACUUCGUGAAAUACAGGCUAAACUUAAAGUGGAUGGUGGUAUGAUGAAAGAAAAGGCCAUGCAGUCAAUGAGCACCCUCUCUAGCGCACAGAUCGUGGCGGGUCUGCCACAUCCAGCGUACCAUCAUACGCAAUUUUGGCAACCAGGUUUACAAGCUGGAACUUCACAAGACGUGAAACCGUUCCCGGGUGCUGGGUACAAGGGCGUGCCCGGCGUCGGCAGCGUCGGCGUGCCGGGCGGCACCGACGUGGCGCCGCCGCCGCCCUGGGAGGGCCGCGCCAUCGCCACGCACAAGCUGCGGCUCGUGGAGUUCUCGGCCUUCGUGGAACACCCGAGGGACCCGGAUACGUAUCCGCCGAGUACAACGCUAUCACAGCAUCUAUUCGUUCACAUAGGUGGUUCAGUUACAUACGCCGAUCCACUAUUAGAGUCGGUAGAUGUGCAACAAAUAAAUGACAAGUUCCCUGAGAAGAAAGGCGGCUUGAAAGAACUCUACGAGAAGGGACCUCGGAACGCUUUCUUCUUGGUCAAGUUCUGGGCGGAUCUAAACACAAAUAAUUUAGACGAUCCCGGAGCAUUUUAUGGCGUUACUAGUGUGUAUGAAAGCAACGAAAACAUGACCAUCACAUGUAGCACAAAAGUGUGUUCAUUCGGGAAGCAAGUAGUCGAAAAAGUGGAGACGGAGUACGCGCGGUUCGAGGGGGGGAGGUUCGUGUACCGCAUCCAUCGCUCGCCAAUGUGCGAGUACAUGGUCAACUUCAUACAUAAGCUCAAGCAUCUACCUGAGAAAUACAUGAUGAAUAGCGUGUUAGAAAACUUCACUAUUCUUCAGGUGGUGUCAAAUAGAGAUACUCAAGAGACAUUGUUAUGUGCCGCGUUUGUGUUUGAAGUGUCGAACAGUGAACACGGAGCGCAGCACCACAUCUACAGGCUCGUGAAAGACUGAACCACGCACCAAUCCCUCCUUCCCUCCGCCUCUCCGUAGCUAUCAUUCCUUUGGCACACCAACUUUUAAAUAUGGACCUUACAAAUAUUCACCCAUACAAAGGUCUAAGUGCUUACUUAUCUCUGACAAAACCUUAUAUCCGUUUGUUACGUAACGUCUGCUACGAAACUGUAGUCAUUAACUAGAGUGAAAAAAUAGAAAAACUAUGUGGCCCGAGCUGGACUUGAACCCGAAGCCCAUUCACUGAAAAUCGCUCUUUUUAUACUACGCCUAGUCCAUACUAAAUUUGUUUAUUAAUAUAUAGAUAACAGAAACGCCUGCUACGAAACUCUAAUUUUUAACCCUUUGAACGCUUUAUAUCAAAAACACAAACAUCACUCAAACGCCAAGAUCCCGGGCACAAGGGAGCUAAUGUAAACCUUACUCGAAAGUGUAAAGGUUAUUUUGACAGCGUUUGCCGUAACACCUAUAGUUGUCCUUGGCGCUAUGGGCACGACUAGUAACGACGAAUUUAGGUGUAUUUGGCGUUCAAAAGGUUAAUAAGGUCGAAUAAAAUUAAGCCGUUGGUAAAUUACUUAAGCAAGAAAAGCUCAGGAGUAGAUAAGAACCAGGGCAAUCAUAUAAAUACAAACACAUAUUUCAGUUAUUUAUAAUUAUUACAGAAUUUGGCCUUUAUUUCUUAACGUGUUUACUGUGUACACGUGAUGGUACUGAAUACACUGCUUUCAAAAGCUUUUAUGAUCCAUUUGGGACUUGAACCCGCAACAUUGGCUUUACUAAAACUAAUACAUAGCUCUUAACAAAUAGGUACCUACGAGGGCUGAUCCGAAAGUUUUUAGCUUCUCCGGCUCUACUCAUGCGAUCACAAUAUUAUUUAUACCAUUGUAAGGGAUAUUUCAAUGCUAAUUUAUGGCUAUGUUUUUUUUUAAUUAAUGCGUUUUUUUAAAUUAUAUAUUUUUAACUGAAAGCUGUUUUGUAUGAAGUUACGAAUUCCUUAGAAAAAACGGCAAUUUUAAGCACAAUUAAAUUAAUUACGUAUUGAAAUCUUUGAAAAUCAAAUUUAAAUUUACCCGGGACUAAUUAUUCUGUUCCUUCUGCUAUUUCUAAUGUAUAAAUCGAUAAAUCAUAAUAAUGUUUACUCAAUUAAAACGAUUUACAUUUAAAAAAAACGGUCGAGAUUCAUAAUUAACAGCACCUAAAAACACUAAUUGUUUUUUUAACAAUACUGUUUAUAAAAUGACAGCACAUAUGGAGUUUCAAUUACUGAUUUUCAUGACUUGACAAAAUAAAAAUAAACUAAUCGUUUUCUAAAAAUGUAUUUACACCAUUUAUGAGUACUGAAAGAUCCUUCACAGUGGUAUAAAUAAUAUUGUGAUCGCAUAAGUAGAGCCGGAGCAGCUAACAACUUUCGGAUCAGCCCUCGUAUUCGACCUAUCAGGCGCACUGCAAUGGCUACCGAAUCAGAAAUUCAGUUGCGAUAGCUGGAGCGCUCGAUAGCUCCAUUAGUUAAGAACAUUGGCUCUUAGAGUUUGACUCUCGGGCCACAUAGUUAUUAUUAGUUUCCACUUUUAUUAAAAACUUUAUAUGAUUUGACAGAUCUAGAAGAAAAUAUAUGUGUAAUUUGAUAGUGUUGCAAUCGUAACAUAGUAAAUUGUGAUCUGAAAAUAACGCUACAAUAUUUUUGUAACUAAAUGUUUAUUGUAUAGCUCAAUUUAAAUAAUUAUAUUUUAAUGUUUCGUUACUCUCUUUGUUCAUUUAGGUAGACGAACGUUUUAUUCAGAUGAUCUUUUCAAGUUUUAAUUGUAAAUAGUGUUAGAGUGGCUAUUUCCACAGAUUCGCUACAACUUUAUAUUGCAAUUGCAACAUAACAGCUCAUACUAUUUACGAUAAAAACAGGAAUUGACUCGUCAAGCGUUUAAAACACAGAGAUUUUUCCUACAAAUCAAAAUAAUCAAAACAAAGUAGUCAAAUAUUUAAUUUCCCUUGGGUCUCAAAACCAUAUGUCAAGAGAUAUAUAAAUAUUUUACAUAAUUCAUAAAAUUUUAAACAAUAUCGUUCAGUAGACGCGUGUAAAAUAAUAUCAAAUAAGAAGAUAGAAUUGAAUACACACAGUGCCUCUAUUUAUGUUACAUUAACAUAAAUUACUUGAGCAUAUUUUAGUCUUUUCACUGUGUUUAAUAACAUAUGCAAAAAAUUAUGGAAAAUAUAUUAGAACAGUGGAAAGAUUAAAACUUAGUGUAGGAUACCAUGAAUCAUUCAUAGGUUUCAUAUGUAAGAAUUAUUAAGAAGUGUAGUAAAUUAAAGACAAAAAGUUUUAACCAGUUGUUUAGCACUGUUGUGGUACCUAAAAUGUUGUGUUGAUUAUAACCGAUAGGUUUAAUUAACCUAAAUGUGGCGAAUGGUGUUCUAUUUACCUUUUUUUAUUUCACUAACCUGAUGAAUAUUCUGUUAUUUAGUUUCUUAAGCAAAUGCCUUUUCAAACGAGAUAAAUCAAAUGGUCUUCAAAUGCAAUAGCUUAGGCCUAGCCUUUUACCCCUUACCAUUUUUUUCCGAGCAUAGGUUGUUUAUACAAUAUGAACGUGUUUACUAUACUUUCUACACUUUUCAUGGUUUUCCUUUUUUCCCGUAAGUGAACUCAGAUUUGUACAUUGUUUUUGUUUUUUACUUGCCACAUUUAAUCUUUAUCGGAGCAAUAAAUUACACACAGUCAAUAUAUUUGUGAUUUAUAUUGAAAGACGCGUCAUCAACUUGUAUUAUAUAUUUUUUGAAAUACCUGAGAUCUAUAUACUUAUGUCUAACUUUAUCUUUCCAUGCAUGAUCAAUUUGGAUAUUUUCAAAUCGGAGCACGAAUCCCCUGGCAGCUAGGUUGAAAGCAAUAUUAGCACCCACUUCCAGUGAGAUCAUGUCCAACCAAUUAUUUUCUGUCUGAUUUACCGCAGCAACCUAGGCAUCUCGCUUUCAACUCUCAAAGUACAAAUAAGUGUUGACACGUUACUCGAAACAACCUGCCGAUUAUACAAUAAGUAUUUACGUGGCAAUGAUUUGAUCUCUCUUUUAGUCAAAUAUUUUAAGGGUCCUCCCAGCAGCGCAACGGCGUGCGCACAUUUAAGUUUAAACUGCGUUAAGGUUUAUGUGCAUUAAAUAGUUUUAGUUUCAAGACAUGAGGUAGGCAAAUAUUAUCUUAGAUAAUAACUAAGAGAUUUUUGUAUUUAUUUGAUAUAGUUAUAUUAGAUAAUUGUAAAGUGAAUAGUUUUAAGUUUUUUUUUAUAUGGCGAUGGUCGUUUCCGAUUGUAAAACUAAUGUCAUAUUCGGUACUUAAAAAAAAUUUUUGGUUAAAUUUCGACUUGAUUUCAUUAAUGUAGGGACAAGAAAUCGGCCUUUUAUUGGCAUGUGAAAAAACAGAUCUAAUUUGUUGUGAUAUUAUACAUUUAUAUGGUUCAUUUUACUCAAAUGAGAUUAAAUGCUGUGUAAACAAAAUUGUCAUUGGUAGUUUACAUUUUUUUUUCUUUAUAGAUGGCAAUAAUGUGUAAAUUCAUUAUGUAAAUAGGUAUACCUUUAGUGCAUUUGGUUCCGCUAGUGUUCUAAGCGAUCUUCGCUUUUAAAAGUCUUUCAUAUCGACAAUCUGCCAUAUCAAACUAAAAAUAUAAAAGAUUUAGUCGGCAGCGUUGCAGACAAUCAUUUGCUUUUCGUUAUAAGAUUAUGCAAUAGUAUUUUUCUUGAGAAAUAAUAUUUUCUUUUGAUAUGUUUAGUAGUAGUAAAUGAUUUUCUACAAGACCAGCCGACUUUGUGUACAGUAUUUUAAAGAUAAUAUUACGUUAAAGAUUUGUAUGAAAAUUUAAAUAUAUUGUCUUCAUAAAA